AUGCUUUCCCGCCAAUCCCUUGCAGAUACACACUCUCUUUCUUUCCCCGUCCAGCAAGAGUCCCCGUAUCUUGUCUUCCACAACCCCAUGCCAAACGGAAAUACCUCCCCAUACAACCUCGAUCCAGCCGCCGUGGAUUUUCGCGCUUUCUAUCCUUAUACCCCCAACGAAGUCAAGCACAGGAAACGCACAACCAGCGCUCAGCUCAAAGUCCUCGAAACCGUCUUCAAACGCGACACAAAGCCAAAUGCUUCCUUGCGCACAGAGCUGGCUGCACAGCUGGAUAUGACAGCGAGAGGCGUACAGGUGUGGUUUCAAAAUCGCCGGGCGAAAGAAAAAGUAAAGGCAACGAAAUCCUCCGCCCCAAAGACACAAACGAUCGAGAAAAACACCAAAUCAGAGGUUGAUAUCCCUAAGAAGGAAGAUUCUUCAUCGCCCAGCUUUUGCAGUGAUGAACCCCCCUCACCCGAUUCCUCUGGCGAAAGCAAUGCUAAUCCCACUCGAGGGGAGGACUCAACGGACGCGUCAUCCCAAGGAUCUUCGUCUGCCGUUCCCUCGCCACCUCAAUUACACCUUAUCACCGACCCAGCUAGUCCAGCGUGGCAGAACUCGCCAGUCGAGCCGCCUCCGGAAAGCGGCACUAGCCAACUGCGACCUGACCUCUUUCUUGGAAACAACAUCUACGCUCAACGCAGAGGAUCUCUUCCUGUGCAUGCACUCCCUCAGGACGAUGAAUCAAGUGAACCGUCUGUGGAUUGGCACGAUCCCUUGGCAAGACGCCGAUCUGUGGAUGCCAGCCUGCAACGCCUCGCAUCCAAUCCUUACGCCCCUCUGGCAAGGGCUAAGAACGGUGCGGUGUUUGGCCCGCGUUUUGGGGUGGCUUCGCCUGGUCGUCAUCACCAGCUGAGUCGCGUGCCAUAUGGCUAUCAAACUCAGAGACACGGGCUGCCAUAUUAUCCUUCACCCCACGUAAAUGUUCGCCAUUCAUCUAUGGACUCUCGAGCUUCUCGCUUCCCGCCAAGGGGACCAUCUUCCCCGUCGCCCGCGGCCAUUUCGCCAUAUCUUGCGGUUCGAGCAUCUUUGCCAGAUCAUUCUCUGUACACUGUCACUUCCAGGACUAUCGCAUCCCCCAUUCCUGGACCACUGCCGUCUCCCAACUUUUCAUUUGGCGCGGCCAGUACACCGUCGAUGGCGUCCCCGAGCUCUGGGGACAGUGAACGCAACUCUCCAGAUUCAUUGCGAUCCUUCUCUUUCACUGGAGAAGAUGACGAAGAGGGCGUUUCUUCCUCUUACAACUCAUACUCGCGGUUUGGCUCAACAGUGUCCAUUGCAAGCGAGGCUAGCUCUUACUAUGCGGAAAUUGGUGGUCCUGGAGUGGAGCAGGUCCCCACCCCAGAUCUGCAUGUCAGGCGAGACUCUUGCGCUUCGGGCCAAUUUUUGGGCAUGAUGUCUGGCCUCGAUGUUAAUCCCCAGACAGGGUUAACAGAACACCGCACCCUGGGAUUGGGAUCAUACUCACCCCACGAUGAUUAUAACCUUUCGAGAACCAAUGGGGGUGAGCUUGUCGCCAUCGCUGAACUAAACGAUCAGCCACAUCUGUCAUAUCCUUCUCCCACGUCAACCAUUUCGGCCGGUGGAAGCCCUCAUGCUCAAGAUGCACCUCCGUCGGCUGUCCCCAUCUCUCAGUCGAGUGAGCUGGCCUACGCCUUGAGCCAACCCAAUCAGGGAGGACGGAAUAGGCAAGACCACUACACCAUUUAUGGCCAGCUGUCUUCUCCUGCAGCCGCCGCUCGAGAGACUCUUACGCAUGAACAAGAUUCGUCACCUGCGCAUGGGAUAUAUCAAACAGAGACCGAGGCACCUCAGCCUCGGACUCACUAUACCACGUACUCGUCUCUGGUGGCUGAAGCGUACGGUGAAAUUCAAGCACACCGUCAACUGGAGUACGAUCACUGCCCGCCUGGCUCACAGCACCUUUACGCAUACGGGGAUUCUCUGGGCGUCUCCCCCCUCGAAAAUAGCAUUCAAAACUCUGAAGGCUUUAUCACAUAUUCAUAACUUAAACCGGAAUGGCACAUCAAAGUCCCAUCUUGUCUCUACAUCUCUUCCUUGCUGCCUUGUACAUUCUGUUUCCAAUAAUGGUCCUCCCAAUACCAGCAGUCUUCCUCUCUCUCUCUCUUGGCGGAUUCCCCUACAACAAUAAACUCACCCGCUCUCUUUGCUAUCGCUGUCCAACUCCCUCUGUCGUUCACACACUCCAUUCUCUGGUUGCCCGCCCCCAGACUUCAUCACGCUCUUUCCUGUUUCACUUUUUGGUCUUAUUUCGGUCCGUCCUUGAUUUAUGUUAAACUGAUAUGUAACUUUAAUAUUCCCCGCCCUGUGGCCAUCGUCUAUUUAUUCUAACUUUCACUACUCCUCCCAAGGCCCGUUGUUGGUGUUUUGACCUUCACCUUUCCGAUCCUUUGAUAUAUAUUAUGUAGUUUACAUACCUUACUCUCUUACUUACUUAUCCCCCCAGUGUUAUAAUUUCCACAUCCAAAAAUGUUGUUAACUUCC